AUGACCCUCCACCAAGACGAGCCUCCAGUCCGCCUCAAUGCCUCUUGGCAAGCUCUCCUUGAGCGCUUCCGGCCAGACCUAGCGCCCUUCGAGGUCAUCUACCGCAAUCUGCACUGCUCGCCGGAGCUCUCCGGCGAAGAAGCGCAGACCGCCCGCACCGCUGCAGCCCACCUCUCCACCAUCCCCGGUGUCGAGGUGCACACCCAGAUCGGUGGCCAUGGAGUUGCCGCUGUGCUCGCCAACGGCCCAGGCCCAACGCUCCUCCUGCGCGCCGAUAUGGACGCCCUCCCCGUCACUGAGAAGACCAACCUGCCCUAUGCCAGCGCCGUCCCGGACGUCAUGCACGCCUGCGGCCACGACUUCCACGUUGCCGCCCUGCUCGCUGCGAUCUCGACCCUGCAUGCCGCCCGCGGCCACUGGGCCGGCACGCUCGUCGCCGUCUUCCAGCCUGCCGAGGAGCACCUCGACGGCGCGCAAGCCAUGCUGGACGAUGGAUUGUACGAGCGCGUCCCGCGGCCGGACCUGGUCCUCGCGCAGCACGUCACACGCAUGCGCACCGGGACCGUAGGUCUGCGUGCUGGCGCGUUGCUCACGGCGGCGGACUCGUUCGAUGUGCGUGUGUUCGGCCGUGGCGGGCACGGCUCCGCGCCGCAAACGACCGUGGACCCCGUUGUGAUUGGCGCUGCCAUCGUGACGCGCCUGCAGAGUGUGGUCGCGCGCGAGGUCGCGCCGGGAGAGGUGGCGGUCGUAACCUGUGGGAGUAUCCACGCAGGCACAGCGGCGAAUAUCAUCCCGGACUUUCUGGACUUACAGUUGAGCCUGCGCACGGAUAAGCCUGCUGUGCGAACGCGGGUUGUGGCUGCAGUACGGCGCAUUAUCGAGGCCGAGUGUCGAGCCGGAGGUGCAACGGAGGUGCCGACGAUUACACGGACGUCCUCAAGUCCACCGACGGUGAAUGAUGGGGCGACGGUGGGGAGGCUGUGGGGAACGUUUGAGGAGUAUUUCGGGGAUCGAUUGGUGGAGAUGGAGCGGCCGAGUGCGAGUGAGGAUUUCUCGCUGCUGGCGACGGCGGUGGGGGCGCCAUAUGCAAUGUGGAUGUUUGGCGGCGUCGACGAGAAGAGCUGGGAUGAGGCGGUCGAGAAUGGCACGGUGGAUGAAUUGCCUAACAAUCACUCCCCGUUCUUUGCGCCAGUCAUUGAACCUACGCUCCGGACGGGGGUGGAUGCUAUGGUGUUGGGUGCCCUGACUUUCCUCGGAAAACAAAACUGA